CUCAACUUGUCAAUCCUCGACUCUGCUCCUCUCGUACAAAGAGAUAAGUUCGUCUUUACAGGUGGAAGACAAAGGAGAGGGCUCUGGAGUCUAAAGUAUUUGUUGGCCGCAGUCUUGCCCAAAUCACCAUUUACCACCCUCCUUCUCGUCAUUCUACCUUCUCCACUGAGAGCUUCUAAUCGCAGUUCAAAUCAUUCGGACAAUUAGGCCCGUGUAUUGCGAUUAAUGAAUACUUUAUCGGUUAUUCGCUAGGCAUAUCCUUUAUAUAUACCCGGUGACAUGGCGUCUCCAGGAAGGUAUGACAACGGGGAGGGUUCGUCAUCCCAAAACCCUCGGUCAUCUCCGAUAGCAACCUCUCUACGUCGCUCAGGGUCUCCCACUCCUGACGCCUCUGUAAGACAUGCUUCAAUAGCUCGUCUAGCAUCUCCUGUACCAUCUGCAUCCAACUCUGUUUCUGCGAGACAAAUACCGGUUCCAGUACCCGCGGACGAAACGCAAGAUCUGGGCAAGGUUGAUAACCUCUCGUCUCUUCCUGGUCCUGGGCAAUCUAUGAUUGCGUCUGGCCUUCAAGAUAGCCUGGGCCGAUCACCUCCAAGAUUUGGGACCCCACCAAGACAUCCUGAGUCCCCUGUUUUUAACCAAAACGUGCAAGUUCGGUCUAAUUACGGCUCUUUCGAUCAAAAGCCUUGGAAAGAAGGAUCAGAAUACUCUGCCGCCCCGUAUGAGGACCCGGAAAUCGUCAAGAGGCAUUUAGUGCAGCCCCUGGAGGGUCAACACUCGGGAGAUGGCACCAAUAAUGCGGACGACGAAUUCUCCAGUCUACAACUUCAAGGGGGUGAUAUCACUAGACAAGUGUACAGAUGGGCUGAGGAAGCGGAAGAAGGCAGUUCCCUGCGAAAGCAUCAGCGCAGCAGGAGUUUCCAUUUUAAUCGACCUACUCCUGAGGAGGAUACUAUGAACAUCAAUAGCAUUCGUGUCCCAGGGGGGUUUAGAAGGGAUUACUUGCGCCGAACGGCUGGAAGCCCUUAUCCGGGAGACCCUGAUGCAAGGGACGGGGCGUCUCCUGCUCCGCCUCAGCUUCCGACGACAAGUUUCCUGGAGUUCCUGACCCUCUAUGGCCACUUCGCGGGUGAAGAAUUAGAAGAAGAUGAUGAAGUGCUUGGACCUGACGAGUACUUUUCCUCGGACACCUGGGACGAGUCAGAAGAACGAGAACCGGGUGAGGAUUCUGCCCUUCUUCGCCCCGAAACACCUGGUAAGAGAAGGCGCAAGCCCCGUGGAGGAACCGGAACGAACACAAGGACUGGAGCAGCACUGCUUCUUCUCAAAUCUUUCGUGGGUACUGGAGUUUUAUUCCUCCCGAGGGCUUUUCUGAACGGGGGCAUGCUUUUCAGCAGUCUCGUGUUACUCGCUGUUUCAUUGCUCAGUUUCUACUGCUUCAUUCUUCUCGUAAAUACGCGAUUGAAGAUUGAUGGUUCAUUCGGUGACAUUGGAGGCGCACUCUUUGGAAAGCAUAUGCGCCGGGUUAUUCUCUUUUCGAUCGUCCUUAGCCAGUUGGGAUUUGUGUCCGCAUACAUCGUUUUUACGGCUGAGAACCUCCAGGCUUUCGUACUUGCUGUCAGCAAUUGCAAGUCUUUCAUUGACAUCAAGUUUAUGGUUUUGAUGCAAUUGGUCAUCUUCCUACCCCUCUCACUGAUCAGAGACAUCAGCAAACUCGGAUUCACUGCUCUCAUUGCAGAUCUGUUUAUCCUCCUGGGCCUGGUCUACCUGUUUUACUACGAUUUCCUCACAAUAUCUGCGCAGGGUGGUGUUGCUGAUAUUAUAUCAUUCAAUCCGUCAACUUGGACACUGUUUAUUGGAACUGCUAUCUUCACCUUCGAGGGUGUUGGCCUUAUCAUCCCCAUUCAAGAGUCGAUGAAGCAUCCCAAGCAAUUUACAGGGGUCUUGGGUGGCGUCAUGGUCAUCAUCACGAUCAUUUUCCUAUCGGCUGGCGCCAUCAGCUAUGCAGCUUACGGCCCAGCAACGAAGACCGUGAUUCUCCUCAACCUCCCACAGGAUGACAAACUUGUAAAUGCUGUUCAGUUCCUUUACUCUUUGGCUAUCCUCCUGAGCACCCCGCUCCAGCUCUUCCCGGCCAUCCGAAUCAUGGAGAAUGAGUUAUUCACGCGCAGUGGCAAGUAUAACCCUGGUAUCAAGUGGAAGAAAAACGGCUUUCGGUUCUUCCUCGUAAUGAUCUGCGCCUUUGUUGCUUGGGGCGGUGCCGAUGACCUAGACAAGUUUGUCUCUCUCGUCGGCAGCUUCGCCUGUGUUCCCCUUAUCUAUGUUUACCCGCCGCUCCUGCAUUACAGGGCUUGUGCGCGAUCCAGACGACAGAAGAUUGCAGACAUUGCGCUUGCUUGCUUCGGAGUCGUCAGUUGCAUCUACACUACAGCAUUGACACUCAAUAACUGGGUUCACGGUGAUAAUACCAAAGCCCCCGGAUAUUGUGAUACAUGAUCCAUGUACAGCCUUAGCAAUUCUCCUUUCUCUGUGCUGUCUAUAAAACAACAUUGCUAAACGACCGACAUGCUACUGAUCCAAGCUGUUAAUUCAGGCGAGUUUAGCCAUCGAUAAAACUAACCAGCUCUCUUUUGUUCCUUGGGGGGCCCAUUGUUUCUCUCACCUGUACAGUCCCGAUUGAUUAUCAUAACCAUCAAGUUCCGUGUCGUCCCCUCCGGAAAACGCGAGAUAUAAUAAAACACUACACGACUACCUCUUCCCGGAGAAAAACGUACAGUCGACCACGGUCACUUCAUCGAUUCCUGAAUAAGUACAAAGCCGGUCUAGCACUAAUAUAUAGGUAGGUAACAC